AUGGGGAAGGAUUCGAAGAGUGGGGCAUGCAAGUCCGCGUCGCACCAGAUCUUUAAGGACAGAGCAAAGAAUCGUGUGGAUGAUCUUCAAGGUAUGUUCAGCGAUCUUCAAUCGGCCAGGAAGGAGAGCCGCACGAUCGAUGUGGCCGUGCUUGAAGAGCAAGUUCACCAGAUGCUUCGUGAGUGGAAGGCUGAGCUCAAUGAGCCCUCCCCAGCUUCCUCCUUGCAGCAGGGAGGGAGUCUGGGCUUUUCAUCCGAGAUUUAUCGGCUGCUGCAGCUUUGUGAUGAGGAAGAUGAUGCAACCAGUUCUUUUGCUGCUCCAAAGCCAGAUCCUGAUGCCCAAAAGGUGGUGAAUGGAUCUACCUCUCAAGAGGAUUUUAUGAUGACCAAGGGUUCUCAAGAACAGGGCUUCCCAUUAGCCGAUCACUGCAAGAAUGCUGGCAUUGAAGCCAACAAUAUCGGCAUGAACAACAUGAGCAUGCCAACACAAUUGGAUUACCAUUCGUUUGAUUUCCAUCAGGAUUUUGACCCGCAGUUCCUCAUUGGGUUUGACGGCACGGGUUUUGUUGGGGACGAAGGUGUAACUCAGAAUCCGGGCUUUCAGCAGAACAUUUGUCCUCCACCUUCAGCAUUUUUAGGCCCAAAAUGUGCCCUCUGGGACUGUCCUAGGCCCGCUCUGUGUUCUGACUGGUGUCAAAAGUCGGAUGACUAUUGCAGUGGUCAUCAUGCAUGCCUUGCACCCACUGAAGGCUAUCUCGGCAGGCCUCCGGUUGUACGGCCAGGUGGCAUCGGCUUAAAGGAUAAUUUACUUUUUGCUGCACUUGGAGCAAAGGCCCUUGGAAAGGAAGUUGGUAUACCUGAAUGUGAGGGUGCUGCCACUGCAAAAUCCCCAUGGAAUGCACUUGAGCUCUUUGAUCUCACCAUGUUGGAUGGUGAGACAAUAAGGGAAUGGCUGUUUUUCGACAAGCCCCGCCGAGCAUUCGAGAGCGGCAACAGAAAACAGAGGUCCCUUCCGGAUUACAACGGGAGGGGCUGGCAUGAAUCGAGAAAACAAGUGAUGAACGAAUUUGGGGGGCUAAAGAGAUCCUACUACAUGGAUCCUCAGCCAAUGGAGACUUUCGAGUGGCACCUCUACGAAUACGAAAUCAAUAAAUACGACGCGUGUGCUUUGUACAGGCUGGAGGUGAAGCGUGCUGAUGGGAAAAAGUCUCCCAAGGGUAAAUUAGGAAAUGACAAUUCUGUUGCUGAUCUUCAGAAGCAAAUGAAUAGGCUGACAGCCGAGUUCCCUAAUGACAACAAGCAGCAGCGUAAUGUGAAAGGAAGGGGGAAAAAUAAUUUGAAGGAUGGAAAUGGGAAUGGUAAUAAUCUAAAUGGAAAUAUUCAUUCUGCUUCUAAUGCAUUAGCGAGUGGCGGUGAAGGGUUUGAUUAUGUGAGAGGUGCCCCGUAUGAUUUUCUUGUGGACAACAUAGGUGGAUACUACUUAACAUGA